CAGAGAACACUAGAAAUUUACUCCGUGGAGCUCAAUGGAAUGAAAGACAUCCAGAACAGCGGCAAGGAGGACGGCCAGGAGAAGUCCAGCAGGGGCCGGAAGGACACGUGCUGGAACCGCAAAAAGAACCGUCAGAAACAGGAGAUUAAAGAAGAGCCUGAUCUGGAUGACCAUAAACUCAGCAGUGAAGACUUGGAAAAGAAAUAUGGAACCAACAUCGUGGCGGGUCUUUCCAGUGCCAGGGCUGCAGAACUCUUGGUUCGGGAUGGACCCAACGCCCUCAGCCCUCCCAAGGAGACCCCAGAGAUUAUCAAGUUCCUCAAGCAGAUGGUGGGGGGCUUCUCUAUCCUCCUAUGGUUCGGAGCCAUCCUGUGCUGGAUCGCAUACGGAAUUCAAUACUCCCAUGACCCAUCCUCAUCUCUUGAUAACGUGUAUUUGGGUGCUGUGCUGGCUGUGGUGGUUAUUCUGACGGGCAUGUUUGCCUACUACCAAGAGGCCAAAAGCACCAACAUCAUGGCCGGCUUCAGUAAAAUGAUUCCUCGGCAAGCUCUCGUCAUCCGAGAUGCAGAGAAGAAGACAAUCCCUGCAGAGCAGCUGGUGGUGGGGGACAUAGUGGAGAUUAAAGGAGGAGACCAGAUUCCUGCAGACCUCAGAUUGCUGUCAUCUCAGGGGUGCAAGGUGGAUAACUCAUCGCUCACUGGGGAGUCAGAGCCCCAGGGCCGGUCUUGUGAAUGCACGCACGACAAUCCCCUGGAAACAAAGAACAUUGGCUUCUAUUCUACAACCUGUCUGGAAGGCACAGCAACUGGCAUGGUCAUCAACACGGGUGACCGCACCGUCAUUGGACAAAUUGCCUCCCUGGCUUCAGGAGUUGGAAAUGAGAAGACGCCCAUUGCCAUUGAGAUCGAGCAUUUUGUUCAUAUUGUAGCAGGAGUGGCUGUCUCCCUGGGCAUUACUUUCUUCAUCAUCGCAGUGUCCAUGAAGUAUCCUGUCUUGGACUCCAUCAUCUUCCUCAUUGGCAUCAUUGUAGCCAAUGUGCCUGAGGGUCUCCUGGCCACUGUCACUGUGGCCCUAUCACUGACGGCAAAACGAAUGGCCAAGAAGAACUGCCUGGUGAAGAACCUGGAGGCGGUGGAGACCCUCGGCUCCACCUCCAUCAUCUGCUCUGACAAGACUGGGACUCUGACGCAGAACAGGAUGACGGUGGCCCAUCUGUGGUUCGACAAUCGUAUCUUCGUGGCCGAUACAAGUGAAGAUCAUUCGAACCAAAUGUUUGACCAAAGCUCUGGGACCUGGGCCUCCUUAGCCAAGAUAAUAACUCUCUGUAACCGAGCUGAAUUCAAGACGGGACAGGAAAGUGUUCCCAUCAUGAAGAAAAUUGUGGUUGGAGAUGCUUCCGAAACGGCUCUCUUGAAAUUCUCAGAGGUCAUUGUGGGCGACGUGAUGGAAAUUAGGAAAAGAAACCGCAAAGAAAUGGAAGCACCAAUAAAUAACACGCUGUAUCCAGCAUGCUCGAUUCUCUCUCUCCUCCAGCUUUCCAUCCAUGAGACGGACGACCCCGAUGACAAUCGCUUCCUCGUGGUGAUGAAAGGGGCCCCUGAGAGGAUCUUAGAGAAGUGCAGCACCAUCAUGAUCAACGGCCAAGAGCAGCCCUUGGACGAGAGCUCAGCGGAGGCCUUCCACACAGCCUACAUGGAGCUCGGAGGCCUGGGCGAGCGCGUGCUGGGUUUCUGUCACCUCUACCUGCCAGCAGAGGAGUUUCCGGAAACCUAUUCAUUUGACACCGACGCCAUGAACUUCCCCACCUCCAACCUCUGCUUCGUGGGGCUUCUGUCCCUGAUCGAUCCUCCCCGGUCCACUGUGCCGGAUGCAGUUGCCAAAUGCCGGAGUGCUGGCAUCAAGGUGAUCAUGGUGACGGGUGAUCAUCCCAUCACAGCCAAAGCCAUCGCCAGGAGUGUGGGUAUCAUUUCAGCCAACAGCGAGACAGCAGAAGACAUCGCAAAACGCCUCAACAUUGCCGUGGAGCAAGUGAACAAGCGGGAUGCGAAAGCUGCCGUGGUGACUGGCAUGGAGCUGAAGGACAUGAGCUCAGAACAGCUGGAUGAGAUCCUGGCCAACCACUCCGAAAUUGUCUUUGCUCGGACGUCCCCCCAGCAGAAGCUGAUUAUCGUGGAGGGCUGUCAGAGACAGGACGCAGUGGUUGCUGUGACAGGGGAUGGUGUUAACGACUCCCCAGCUCUCAAGAAGGCCGAUAUUGGCAUCGCCAUGGGCAUAGCCGGUUCUGACGCAGCCAAAAAUGCAGCCGACAUGGUCUUACUGGAUGACAACUUUGCGUCCAUCGUCACAGGGGUGGAGGAAGGUCGCCUGAUCUUUGACAACCUAAAGAAGACUAUUGCUUACACCUUGACCAAGAACAUUGCUGAACUUUGCCCCUUUUUGAUCUACAUUGUUCUUGGGCUCCCUCUUCCCAUUGGCACCAUUACUAUCUUGUUCAUCGACUUGGGCACAGACAUUAUUCCCUCUGUAGCCUUGGCUUAUGAGAAAGCCGAAAGUGACAUCAUGAACCAGAAGCCUCGCCACAAGAAGGAGGACAGGCUGGUGAACAGGCCCCUCGCCAUCUACUCUUACCUGCACAUUGGCCUCAUGCAGUCCCUGGGAGCUUUUGUUGUGUAUUUCACCGUUUACGCACAGGAAGGGUUUAGGCCCGGCUUUCUCAUUGGCCUCCGGGUAGACUGGGAAAAGGACAUGAAUGACCUGGAAGACAGCUAUGGACAAGAAUGGACACGGUACCAGCGGCAGUACCAGGAAUGGACAGGCUACACAGCCUUCUUUGUUGCCAUUAUGGUCCAGCAAAUAGCAGAUCUGAUCAUCAGGAAAACCCGGAGGAACUCCAUCUUCCAGCAGGGUCUCUUCAGAAAUAAAGUCAUCUGGGUAGGGAUCGCCUCACAGAUCAUCAUCGCACUCAUCCUCUCCUAUGGCCUUGGGAGUGUCACAGCCCUAAAUCUCACGAUGCUCAGGCCUCAGUAUUGGUUUGUGGCUGUGCCUUUCGCUGCUCUGAUUUGGGUAUACGACGAGGUGCGGAAAUUUUACAUCAGGCGUUACCCUGGAGGCUGGUGGGAUAUGAACAUGUAUUAUUAAGACCAUCUUAUUUCCCAAGUCUCCCAAUCAGACGUUGAUCACGUUCUCCAUCUUUUGGCCACAAGCUAGAAGAUCCCUUGGGCAUUGGGAACACCAUCAAAAAGAGCAGGUGGAAAAUGAUGAAAGAUGUUCAACUGAUAUUUUGAACUUGAAAGCUGAGAUUCAACUAUUUCGAUAUGACCUUUAUCUGUCUCUACUUGUUUUAAAAGAUGUGAAUUUCAAGGUAAUGAUGUAAGGAACAGGACAUGUAUAUAUGUACAUAAAUUUCAAGUCUUCUGUAACCCAAACACCUGCUAGCAUCUCCCUGCUCCUUAAGCUCCCAUUCUGCUGAAACCUCCAUUCAAUACUCUGUAAAAGCCCAACAAAAUUUCAAGAAUUUCUGUAAAUUCCUGUGGAACUUAUAUUUGCAUUGCCACCUUAUUCAAAAAAAGGCUUCUUCCACUGGAAGCUUGCAGGAGAUGGAGGUGGCAGCUGGUUUACAUCAUAACAACUUGAACGACCUCAAGCUUGACUCUAGGCAUCCUUAAAAGUCCUCAGCCAUCUUGUCAUGACCCAGGUUACCUGGCCUCAUCAGCCCUCAUCCCAACCUCCUCCCAGGCUCUACUUCUCAUCUUCCCUUCCCCACCCCAACACCAUUAAAUGGCCUCUCUUCCACCUCUAGACCUUGAAUUUAGCUUUCUCCAACUCCUCCAAGGAGCCCUGGUGGCUACUAGCCUCGUUGGGCUACUAACCUCAAAGUUAGCAGUUCAA